GCUUUUCAUUUCCUCUCUUUAUCUUUUGUGUUUUGAGCCACUAAGAUAACAGAUAUAGGGAUAGAGAAAAUGAGAACAAGAAGAGGCCUUUGUUACCCUAGGCCCGCCGAUGUCUGUGUAGACAAACUUCUUGUUAAAACUCAGGAUUUCGCCCGAGAUUUUAUGGGUUGCCGGAAACGCCAAAGAUUCUCCCCGGAGAUUGCAGGAAACCCUGAUUUCUUCGAUCUUUUACCCGAUGAUAUUGUCAUUUCUAUAUUCUCCAAGCUCAGCUCUACUGCCCGUUCCCCUUCUGAUUUCAUCAACGUCUUGAUUACAUGCAAGAGAUUUAAGAGUUUAGCACUCAGUUCGGUGGUGUUAUCCAAGGCAUCUCCGAAAAUGUUUGCGAUAAAAGCAAUAAACUGGUCGGAGUCAGCUCACCGGUUCUUGAAGACUUGCUCUGAUGCCGGAAAUGUUGAAGCUUGUUACACUCUCGGCAUGAUUCGGUUUUACUGUUUACAAAAUCGAGGGAGUGGAGCCUCUCUUAUGGCCAAGGCGGCGAUUAACUCCCACGCGCCGGCGCUUUACUCCUUGGCUGUGAUUCAGUUCAACGGCAGCGGCGGCUCUAAAAAUGAUAAGGACCUUAGAGCCGGUGUGGCUUUGUGCGCCCGGGCUGCUUUUCUUGGCCACAUCGACGCCCUACGAGAACUCGGCCACUGCCUGCAGGACGGGUAUGGCGUCCGCCAAAACAUCGCCGAGGGACGUCGGUUCCUCGUCCAAGCCAACGCCCGAGAGCUAGCGGCGGUGUUGUCAUCAGCGACUGCUUCCAACGAAACGACGCAUGCUUGGCUCACGUGGAGCCCACACCCAAUCCCGCCCGCCAGCCAACGUCAUCCGGCCAUGCCCGGAUGUCCAUUGCUGAGUGAUUUUGGGUGCAAUGUACCAGCACCGGAGGCGCAUCCAGCGAGCAGGUUCUUAGCGGAGUGGUAUGAAGGUCGGGGCCGGAUACCGGGGCCUGGUUUGAGACUUUGCUCGCACGUUGGUUGCGGGAGGCCGGAGACAAGAAAGCACGAAUUCCGGAGAUGUUCGGUUUGUGGGGCUGUAAAUUACUGCUCACGCGCUUGCCAGGCUCUGGAUUGGAAGCUUCGGCACAAAGCAGAGUGCGCGGCUGUUGAGCAGUGGCUGGAUGAAGAAGCAGAUGGUGGUCAUGCUGUUGCUGGGAAUGAUGACGUUAUUGCUGGAAGUUAAAGGCCCAUGGUAAUUUACUGUUUCAGAGGCCCUAAAAGCUGAAAAAAGGAAAUUUAGUAUGGUGGUUGAAAGGGCAGAGUUUCCAUUCAUUCCCUUAAUUGGGGGUGUAAGUUGGGAGUUAUUUUGAGAUUGAAAAUUGGAGUUUUACUCUUCUCUUUUUGUAUUAUAUAAAUUAUAGAGGAAAAAUGGAGUAAAAAUUAAAAAUGAAUGUUUGGGUAA